AUGUUAGGUACCGAGACAACAAACAGCAAGAUCUCGUGUGAUUUAGGAGUUCAAGCAAUUGACGGCCCUCCACUUCAUCUGCCACGAUCAAUUGACCCAUCUGGGAGAGUAGGACAUGCAGAGGUUGAUGAUAUAGAAUCCGCAAGCUCCGGAGCAUAUCCUGAAGGAGGAAUCAAGGCGUGGACGGUUGUUGUGGGAUCAUGGUUCGGCACGUUCGCAUCUCUCGGCAUCUUGAACUCCAUCGGCACCUUUCAAGCAUACAUUCAGGAGCAUCAGCUGCAAAAUUAUAGCCCGGGUACCGUCGGCUGGGUGUUCUCUCUGUAUGCCUUCUUAUCGUUUUUCUGUGGAGUGUACUUCGGACCUAUUUUCGACAAGUAUGGCCCUCGUGGGCUUACUAUUUCCGGCACUGCCAUGAUGGCGGGUGGUUUAUUUGCCAUGAGCUUUUGCAAAGAUUUGUGGCAGUUCAUUCUCGCAUUUGGGGUUGCCUGCGGCUUCGGCACCUCUCUGCUCUUUUGUCCUUCGAUAGCUGCCGUCGGGCAUUUCUUUAAAGCUCGCCGAAGUUUGGCGACAUCUAUUUCCUCGACGGCUGGUGGCCUCGGCGGCGUCAUAUUCCCGUUUAUGCUGUCCUCUUUGUUCGAAUCGAUUGGAUAUGCCUGGGCAACUCGCGCCGUGGCUCUCAUCUGCCUCUGUUGUGGCUCUAUUGCCGUCUUUACCAUCGAGUCACGUCUGGCACCUGCGAAGAAUGCACGAGCCCAUCCCGAUUUCCGCAUCUUUAGGCAAAUCGAUUUUAUCUUGAUUACUGCGGGCAUCUUCCUCUUUGAGUUUUCUCUCUUCAUUCCUCUGGGCUUCAUCUCGUCCUACGCUCUGGAUCACGGCUUUGGGCUCGACUUCUCGUACAACCUGGUGCCAAUUCUAAACGCCGCCUCAAUUGCCGGUCGAAUCUUGCCAGGGUAUUAUGCUGACUUGGUUGGACCUUUGAACAUGAACGUUUUUGCCGUGAUACUCUCUGUUGUCGCAUGCUUUGGAGUCUGGCUACCUGCCGGACAUACAGCAGCAGGCAUCGUUGCCUUUGCCAUUCUCUUCGGAUUCGUAACUGGAACACUCAUCGCACUGGUGCCGGUUUGUGUCGGUCAGGUCUGCGAGACGCAGGACUACGGGAGGUACUAUGCUACCUCAUUUAGCGUCGUCUCAUUUGCUUGUUUGAUCAGUAUUCCCAUUGGCGGUAGUAUCGUGAAUGCCAAUGGCGGGGACUACACGGGGCUCAUAAUAUUGACUGGCGUCAUCUAUGCUGUCUCUGGAGUCGUCCUGAUCGGAGCCAAAGCAUAUGUGUUUGGUUUGAAGAACUGGGCUGCUGUGUACUAA